CACAUGUUGUUUUGCUCCUCUUAGUUCAGUCACUCGGUGCGCGAUGUGUUACUCACUGUGCGGCGGGGACCGCGACGAGCCCGGGUCGCCGUUGGCAGCAGCAUCAGAAGCAGCAAGCCCGGCGGCGGCGCAGACCCCGAGUGCCCGGGCGCACCCCGGCACCCCGGAACGCGGCGCGGCGGCGGGACCGGUGCGGCCGCGCGCGCCUUAAGCUCGGCCCCGCGGCUCGGGGACCCCGACUCUCGGCCCAGCCUGCGAGUCCCCAGGCGCCGCCCGAGAGCCCGGGAGGCAGCGGCCGAGGGCAGCCGGGCCAGGGGGCGGCCACCGCCCGCGCCGGGCAUCCUCUGGGGCCCCGGAGCGCGGAGGGCGCUGCGCCACCGCGCAGUGCCGACUCCCGCGGGCCUCCCCGAGCCUUCCCCACCUCCAGGGCCCGAGGGACGCGCGCUCCGGCGGGCGAACAAGGGGGGAGGGAGCCGCCCCCGCCCGCGCCCCCUCCGCUCCCCUCUAGCGCCUGCACGCCGGGCCGGGCGGUGCGGCCCGAAGCGCCGGCGAUGGCGAGCCCGCCGCUGCACGGGCUCCCCGGGCCGGCGGGCGGCGACGGCCCCAAUCUCAACAACAACAACAACAACAACAACCACAGCGUGCGCAAGUGCGGCUACCUGCGCAAGCAAAAGCACGGCCACAAGCGCUUCUUCGUGCUGCGCGGGCCCGGCGCGGGCGGCGACGAGGCGACGACGACAGCGGGCGGGGGUCCGGCGCCGCAGCCGCCGCGGCUCGAGUACUACGAGAGCGAGAAGAAGUGGCGGAGCAAGGCGGGCGCCCCGAAGCGGGUCAUCGCGCUUGACUGCUGCCUGAACAUCAACAAGCGCGCCGACGCCAAACACAAGUACCUGAUCGCCCUCUACACCAAGGACGAGUACUUCGCCGUGGCGGCCGAGAACGAGCAGGAGCAGGAGGGCUGGUACCGCGCGCUCACCGACCUGGUCAGCGAGGGCCGCGCGGGCGCCGGCGACGCGCCCCCCGCCGCCGCCACCGCCGUGUCCUGCAGCGCCUCCCUGCCCGGCGCCCUGGGCGGCUCGGCCGGCGCCGCCGCGGCCGAUGACAGCUACGGGCUGGUGGCGCCCGCCACGGCCGCCUACCGCGAGGUGUGGCAGGUGAACCUGAAGCCCAAGGGCCUGGGUCAGAGCAAGAACCUGACGGGCGUGUACCGCCUGUGCCUGUCGGCGCGCACCAUCGGCUUCGUAAAGCUCAACUGCGAGCAGCCGUCGGUGACGCUGCAACUCAUGAACAUCCGCCGCUGCGGCCACUCGGACAGCUUCUUCUUUAUCGAGGUGGGCCGCUCGGCCGUCACGGGCCCUGGCGAGCUGUGGAUGCAGGCUGACGACUCGGUGGUGGCGCAGAACAUCCACGAGACCAUCCUGGAGGCCAUGAAGGCGCUAAAGGAGCUCUUCGAGUUCCGGCCGCGCAGCAAGAGCCAGUCGUCGGGCUCGUCGGCCACGCACCCCAUCAGCGUCCCCGGAGCGCGCCGCCACCACCACCUGGUCAACCUGCCCCCCAGCCAGACAGGCCUGGUGCGCCGCUCGCGCACCGACAGCCUGGCCGCCACCCCGCCGGCCGCCAAGUGCAGCUCCUGCCGGGUGCGCACAGCCAGCGAGGGCGACGGCGGCGCAGCGGCAGGGACCGGGGCGGCGGGCGGCAGGCCCGUGUCGGUGUCGGGGAGCCCCCUGAGCCCCGGGCCGGUGCGCGCGCCGCUGAGCCGCUCGCACACCCUGAGCGGCGGCUGCGGCGGCCGCACGGGCAAAGUGAGUCUGGCGCCGGCAGGGGGCGCCCUGCAACACAGCCGCUCCAUGUCCAUGCCCGUGGCGUACUCGCCCCCGGCCGCCACCAGCCCCGGCAGCCUGUCGUCAAGCAGCGGGCACGGCUCAGGCUCCUACCCGCCGCCUCCGGCCCCGCACCCGCACCUGCAGCAUCCCCUGCAUCUCCCCGCGGGCCAGAGACCCUCCAGCGGCAGCGCCUCAGCCUCAGGCUCCCCCAGCGACCCCGGCUUCAUGUCCCUGGACGAGUACGGCUCCAGCCCUGGGGACCUGAGAGCCUUCUGCAGCCACAGGAGCAACACGCCAGAGUCCAUCGCCGAGACCCCCCCGGCCAGGGACGGCAGCGCGGGGGAGCUGUACGGGUACAUGACCAUGGACAGACCCCUGAGCCACUGUGGCCGCCCCUACCGCCGAGUCUCAGGGGACGGGGCCCAGGACUUGGACAGAGGGCUGAGGAAGAGGACUUACUCCCUGACCACACCUGCUCGGCAGCGACCGGUGCCCCAGCCCUCCUCUGCGUCCCUGGAUGAAUACACCCUGAUGCGGGCCACCUUCUCCGGCAGCUCGGGCCGACUCUGCCCGUCCUGCCCCGCGUCCUCCCCUAAAGUGGCCUAUCACCCCUAUCCCGAGGACUACGGCGACAUCGAAAUUGGGUCCCAUAGGAGCUCUAGCAGUAACCUGGGCACAGACGAUGGCUACAUGCCCAUGACCCCUGGCGUGGCCCUCAUGGGUGGCGGCAGCGGCAGCUGCAGAAGUGACGACUACAUGCCCAUGAGCCCCACCAGCGUGUCUGCACCGAAGCAGAUCCUGCAGCCUCGCGCCGCCGCCGCGGCCUUGCCCCCCACGGGAGCCGCAGCGCCGCCGCCCGCCUCUGUGGCCUGCCGGGCCUUUCCGGUGAACGGGGGCAGCGGCUACAAGGCCAGCUCGCCGGCCGAGAGCUCCCCCGAGGACAGUGGGUACAUGCGCAUGUGGUGUGGCUCCAAGCUGUCCAUGGAGAACGCCGACAGCAAGCUGCUUCCCAACGGGGACUACCUCAACAUGUCCCCCAGCGACGCGGGCACCUCGGGAACCCCGCCCGACUUCUUCUCGGCAGCCUUGCCCGGCGGGGAGAUGCUCAAGGGCGUCCCCGGCUACUGCUACAGCUCCUUGCCUCGAUCCUACAAGGCUUCCUACACCUGUGAUGGGGACCACGACCAGUACGUGCUCAUGAGCUCCCCCGUGGGGCGCAUCCUGGAAGAGGAGAGACUGGAGCCGCAGGCCAGCCCGGGGACCACGCAGUCGGCCAGCGCCUUCGCCACCGGGGCCGCUGGGGGCGGCCAUACGCAGCCUCCUCACCCCGUAGUGCCUUCGCCCGGGAGGCCGAGUGGCAGCGGCAGCGGCCGCCCAGAGGGCUUCCUGAACCAGCGCUGCCGGGCAGUGCGGCCCACGCGGCUGUCCCUGGAGGGGCUUCAGACCCUGCCCAGCAUGCACGAGUACCCUCUGCCGCCCGAGCCCAAGAGCCCUGGCGAGUACAUCAACAUUGACUUCGGCGAGGCGGGGGCGCGCCUGUCGCCGCCCGCCCCUCCGCUGCUGGCCUCGGCCGCCUCAUCCUCCUCGCUGCUGUCCGCCAGCAGCCCGGCCUCGUCCCUGGGCUCCGGCACCCCGGGCACGAGCAGCGACAGCCGGCAGCGCUCCCCGCUCUCUGACUACAUGAACCUCGACUUCAGCUCGCCCAAGUCUCCCAAGCCGGGGACCCAGAGCGGGGACCCCGUGGGCUCCUUGGAUGCCCUCCUGUCCCCCGAGGCCUCGUCCCCGUACCCACCGCUGCCCCCGCGCCCUGCCGCCCCCUGCUCCUCCCUGCAGCCGCUGGCCCCCCCUCCGCCCCCCCCAGGGGAGCUGUACCGCCUGCCUCCAGCAUCCACCUCCCAGGACCCCGGCGCUGCCUCCUCUUCGUCCUCGGAGACUGGGGACAAUGGUGACUACACCGAGAUGGCCUUUGGCGUGGCUGCCACCCCGCCACAACCCAUCGCGGCACCCCCGAAAUCAGAAGGUGCCCGCGUGACCAGCCCCACGUCCGGCGUGAAGAGGCUGAGUCUCAUGGAUCAGGUGUCGGGGGUCGAGGCCUUCCUUCAGGCCAGCCAGCCCCCAGACCCGCACCGGGGGGCCAAGGUCAUUCGCGCAGACCCGCAGGGGGGCCGCCGCCGCCACAGCUCGGAGACCUUCUCCUCGACCACCACUGUGACCCCCGUGUCCCCGUCCUUCGCCCACAACCCGAAGCGCCACAACUCGGCCUCUGUGGAAAACGUUUCUCUCAGGAAAACCAGCGAAGGGGGCAGCAGCAGCAUGCUCGGUGGGGGUGACGAGCCCCCCGCGUCCCCCCGCCAGUUGCAGCCCCCGCUGCCCCAGCAGGCGCGGCCUUGGACACCGGGUCAGCCUGGGGGCUUGGUUGGCUGCCCCGGUGGCAGUGGCUCUCCAAUGCGCAGGGAGACCUCUGCCGGCUUCCAGAAUGGCCUCAACUACAUCGCCAUCGACGUGAGGGACGAGCCGCCCCCGCAGCCGCAUCCGCAGCAUCCGCAGCCCGGAGACAAGAGCGCCUGGGGCCGGACCCGGAGCCUCGGGGGUCUCAUCAGCGCCGUGGGGGGCAGCAGCACCGGCGGGGUGUGUGGGGGGCCGGGCCCUGGUGCCCUGCCCUCCGCCAACACCUAUGCCAGCAUUGACUUCUUGUCCCAUCACCUGAAGGAGGCCACGAUUGUGAAAGAGUGAAGGUCUGUCUGGCUUUAUCAGAUAACGUCACAUGUCAGAGAAUAACAUUAAAAGAAGAUGCUCAGCAUUUUUUAAUCUGAAGCUGCUUACAAUUUUCUUUUGGGUCUGAGCAAUGGCUACGUUUUGAAACAUCUGUGACUGUGUGGGACAUGGAACCAAGGCGAGGACGCCUGCCUCCCACUUGUUCCCGUAGGGGGCAUUCCUCCUUGUGCUGUUCGUGUUGUGUUGUGUUUUGUUUUUUAACAAAAUUCGCUGAAGAAGUCAUUCUCAAGAAAAUUGGAUGUUUUCAUUGGCCUGUUAAAUGGGGGCCAGUGUCUUAAUUUCUUCUUACUUUCAUUUUGGCAAAGCAAAUUUAUCCCUCAGCAUGCUAGGAGAUUCUACCAAUACCCCUUAAAGUGGUAAAAUCUGGUAUUUACUGGCAUACACUCAAAACUACCACAGUCCUACCUCAGUUCCAGGUGAAGCUGGAUUUGCGUGGUCGGGGGCCGGCAAGACCUCCUGUGCUGAAUGUGUUUCCAGUGUGGUCAUCAGCCUUAUUAAACUGGCUCCGUACACAGCUGCUUGUGGGACUCGCAUCCCGGUACCUGCUUACUCACAGACAGAGCCCAGUGUGGGGCUGACUUUUCUCAACGGAAAUGAAAUCUGAGAUUGGACUUUGAAGUGGAUUAAUAAAUAAUAAUUAUUAUAUGUAACUAAAGCAACCUACUUUUGAAAAUCAUCAGCUGUAUUGGGUAGGUGGGGGUGGGAGGGGAGGGGUUUGGGAAGGGGGUGAAUAUCUCUUUUUACCUUUAACAGACUUGUUGAAUCUUCUCUCUGUAGGUGUUCAUGUAGGUACUUCAAAUUGCAAAAGCCUUUGCUCCUAUUUACAAGCUCAAACGUCUCUGCUGUCCUUAACCUUGAGCUUGCGUUUCUUUAACCAAAAAUUCACGCAGGCACGCUGGCGAUCCAAGAGCGGUCACGGGUUUGGCAGGUUUUUUAAAAAAUGUAUUAUCUUUACUAUAAUGUGAUCAUGUCGGCCAGUGAGGCUGCUCUGAAGAACAACAACAACACAAAAAAACGGAAAGGAAAGAAACACAAAAGAGGCAUUCCAGCCUCCAUGUUAUUAAUGGAAAAAGAGAAAGAAGAAGGAAAACCAUCUCACAGUACAUGUUACUUGUUGAAAAGGUUCCUGACAAGUCUAGCCUUGUUUGAUGUUUUCAGUGUUCUGAGAGUAAUAUCAGUGUUGUGGCAAUUAUUGCAAGUAUCACCCAGAACUGCUGCCCUCGACCAGCAGAAUGUCCUGUCAUCUCGCUGCUCCCUUGACACGUGACGGAGGCUGUGGAGCUUUCCCUCCCGUGGGUGCGUCCCCAUGCCUAUCUUCUCUGACAGUCGUGUGAAGGUUACACUAAUUCAUUGGAGAUGUGAGCUUUCUUUCUUUUUUUUUUUUUGGAGAAAAAUAUAUAUAAAUAUAUAGAUAUAUAUCACUAUAGAAUAAUGCAUUAAUAAAAUGAGGCUUUUUUAGAGGAAGACCAAAAAAUUCAAUGUCUUAAAAAUAUAUUUAAUGGCAAUGCAAAAGUCUUCCUGCUUCCACGCUGAACUUUUAGAACAGAGGAUUGUAUUGCAAGACAAAGUUGAAUGUAAAGUGAUCCCCCUGAACAUUUUUAAAUUUUUACUUUUCUAAAAGUACACGUCACAACAGUGCAUAGACCAGACAAUGUUAGUUUGAAGGUCAAUUUCAGUGUAUAAUAUAUAUACUUUAUUAAAAUGUAUAAAAUGUCCUAAAGUUUUGAUUUAGUUUUGGGAAUGGGAAUCAAUGGGUGGUAUUUGCUAUGUAACUCCGCCGGGUACAAUAGGACUGAAUAUGGACCCCGCUGAAUACAGUGUAUGACGUGUAUUUAAGUAGUUCUCUAUACUUAGAGUAGUCAUGCCACUAUACACAUGGUUCAUGUUCGUACUGCAACUUGAAACAAGCAAAAUAAAAAGUUGAUAAUAUACUAAAUUGUCCUCUAUCCUGUACAUUUCAGAAAAAAAAGGCAUAUGCAAUAUUUACAUUUUUAAUUUAGUUUACAGAAUGGAACCAAAAUGUAUAAAUGUUAUGUUUGCUAAAACUUGACAAUGUAUAUUGGGUCUUUGUACAUUUUGCCUGACUUACCUUAAAUUUAAAAUAUUUUUUGCUAUAUAAACUUUAACAGUUAUUAAACAGUGUUUUCUUUUUGGGUACGUAUUGUUUCUGGAUAUCAAGAUGUUAAAUAUAUUUCUUGCUAUUGUGAUAUGACAGAAGACUUACCUUAUCUUGCUCUGUCUUCCACUGUACACGCUGUAUAUAGGGUCCACGUGCUGCUGCUGGAGACAAGAAUCAGUGGAGCUAGAGUAGUGCAUUGUAUUUAGUCUGUAUUGAUCGUGGAUGCUCUCCUUAAUAGCCAUAUGCAAUAAAAUAAAAUACAUUAUUUAUGAAAUGAA